AUGUCAUCAACCAUGUCCACCGAGGCUUUCCAAGAGAGUGCUGCAUCUAAGGGUUACGGUUCUGAGCAAAUUCAAGUGCUGGAAGGUUUGGACCCAGUCAGGAAACGGCCAGGAAUGUAUAUUGGAAGCACUGGACCUCGUGGUUUGCACCAUCUGGUUUAUGAGAUACUAGACAACGCAAUUGAUGAGGCUCAAGCUGGUUAUGCCUCAAAGGUUGAUGUUGUUCUGCAUUCAGAUGGUUCAGUCAGUGUUAUGGACAAUGGACGUGGGAUACCGACGGAUUUGCAUCCUGCGACAAAGAAAUCUUCCCUGGAGACUGUACUCACGGUUUUACAUGCAGGUGGCAAGUUUGGUGGCACGAGUAGUGGUUACAGUGUAUCUGGUGGAUUGCAUGGUGUAGGUUUAUCAGUUGUAAAUGCUUUGUCUGAGACCCUGGAGGUCACAGUUUGGAGAGAUGGGAUGGAGCAUAAGCAAAAGUAUUCUCGUGGAAAGCCUGUAACUUCACUUAUGUGCCGUGUCCUCCCGCUAGAGUCAAAGGGGACUAAAGGGACAAGCAUCAGAUUUUGGCCUGACAAAGAAGUAUUCACAACUGCAAUCGAGUUCGACCAUAACACUAUUGCUGGACGAAUCAGGGAGCUUGCAUUUUUGAAUCCAAAGGUUACCAUCGCUCUAAAGCAAGAGGAUGAUGAUCCUGAGAAGAACCAAUAUACUGAAUAUUUUUAUGCUGGAGGAUUAACUGAGUAUGUUAGUUGGCUAAAUACUGAUAAGAAUCCGAUUCAUGACGUGCUGAGUUUCAGAAAAGAAGUAAAUGGUUCCACCAUUGACGUUGCCCUUCAGUGGUGCUCAGAUGCAUAUUCAGACACAAUGCUGGGAUACGCCAAUAGCAUUCGCACCAUUGAUGGUGGAACACAUAUUGAAGGUGUGAAAGCUUCAUUAACAAGGACUCUUAAUACCCUUGCAAAAAAUUCAAAGGCUGUUAAGGAGAAGGAUAUUAGCCUAAGUGGGGAACAUGUUAGAGAAGGAUUGACCUGUAUUGUCUCAGUCAAGGUUCCUAAUCCUGAGUUUGAAGGUCAAACAAAGACAAGAUUAGGAAAUCCAGAGGUGAGAAAAAUUGUUGACCAAUCAGUUCAGGAGUAUCUCACAGAGUAUUUGGAAUUGCAUCCAAAUGUACUUGAAAGCAUUAUUUCCAAAUCCCUUAACGCAUACAAGGCUGCUUUGGCUGCCAAAAGAGCAAGGGAGUUGGUUAGAUCGAAAAGCGUUUUGAAGUCGUCAACACUUCCUGGGAAGCUAUCUGAUUGCUCAUCAAAAAAUCCUGAAGAAUCCGAGAUUUUUAUAGUCGAAGGAGAUUCCGCUGGUGGCAGUGCAAAACAGGGCAGGGACAGACGUUUUCAGGCAAUUCUUCCUUUGAGAGGUAAAAUUCUGAACGUUGAAAGAAAGGAUGAAGCAGCCAUGUAUAAGAACGAAGAAAUUCAAAAUCUAAUUCUUGGCCUUGGCCUCGGGAUGAAGGGAGAAGAUUUCAAGUUGGAAAAUUUGCGGUACCAUAAGGUUAUUAUCUUAACAGAUGCGGAUGUUGACGGUGCACAUAUCCGGACACUUCUCUUGACAUUUUUAUUCAGAUACCAGAGAGCUUUAUUCGAUGCAGGCUGCAUCUACGUGGCUGUUCCACCUCUUUACAAGGUUGAGAGAGGAAAAAAUGCACAAUAUUGCUAUGAUGAAGCUGACCUUAAGAAAAUCACCGCCACCUUCCCUGCAAACGCAUCAUACAACAUCCAAAGGUUCAAAGGUUUGGGAGAGAUGAUGCCGCAACAGCUUUGGGAAACAACUAUGAAUCCAGAAACAAGGAUAUUGAAGCAACUAACCGUCGAUGAUAUAGCCCAAGCAAAUAUGACAAUCUCGUCUCUCAUGGGUGCUCGGGUCGAUGUCCGUAAAGAACUUAUCAGAAAUUCAGCAACAAGGAUGAAUCUGCAGCAGCUCGACAUAUAA